AUGGCUGAAUCACUAAGUGAAGUUUCUGGCAGUGUGGAAGUUCUGGAGACCAGUGAUGAGGGAAAAAAGAAAUCCAAAUUUAAAGCCUUCAAGAGCUUCUUUGGCAAGAAGAAGAAGAAAGAGUCCAAAGGUGCCCGGGGAGGGAGAUGGCUCAAACAAAGCUUGUCCAGCAGCAGUAUUGACAUCUUUUCUCUGAAGUCAGUUCAAGAAGGUCAACAAACCAAGCCAGGGGCCAAGAACAGAAUGGGGACCAGAGCCCUGUCUCAUGACAGCAUCUUUGUGUUGGAGCCUGACCCUGAAAGAUCAGAAAGGAAGCUAUACCCCUCUCCAGAGAUCCCAAGAGGCAGACCUUUGCAGAGAUCUCAUGUUUUUAUUACUCUGCCUAGAGCUGAGAUUGGUAGCAUGCAUGAAGCUGUGUUUGGAACUGUGCCAAGAGGUACAGACAGAAGUGAAUUCUGUGUUGCAGGCUCCAAGACCACUGAGAUCCCACUACUGCGUCCAUGCCAACGCAGCAUCAGCUCACAUCUCAUUCGAUCUGACACCAUCUUUAAGGAUCUUGAAGAAAUGUCUGUUGAUUAUGAGCCACUUAAGAAGAGUUCAUCAUACAAUAUCUUGACAUGGGAGAAGAGUGCCUUUGAGCCCUCGUCUGGACUGGUUCGCUCACAGUCCUUGAUCACGUUUGCCAUGCCCUCCUUGUCCAGCAGCACCCGAUUGCCUGUUGGCUUCAACACCCCAGCCACCACCCAGAGCUGUUUGGAUUCCUCAGCUGCUCGACACAAGAUGGGUUUAAAUCCCCGGAAACAAAAGAGCAUCCAGGUGACUGAGAAACCAAAACAGGAGGAGCCAAGCCUCCCAGUGGCUUCUGAAGAAGAGAAAAGCACAACCAAACCGAAAGAAGCUGACCAAAAGAAGCCGAAAAAAGACAGCGCAGGUGCCUCAAGCCAGGAACAGAGCAACAAGACUGAGAUCACUAAACAGAAGACAAUGGAUCAGGCUACAAACACAGCUGCUACUGAGAGUCAGAGUUACCCAUUUCCAGCAGCAUACAUGAAACGCCGUGAAAAGAAAAGCUCAAGUACUUCAGGAACGAGCGAGUGUGGAUACAAAGAAAGAAGCUUUAAACAAUUCACUGGAGUGCUUGGCCUAAGUGAUGGAGCUGGGUCCCCACCUGAUGAUAACAAAGCCAGGGACUGCCAUUUCUGGCAACUGUCCUUGGAGAAGCAAGUCAUGGAGCAGCCCACACCACCGCAGACAGAAAGCACUACUCAGGAGCUGCCGCCAGGUAAAGAUGACCCAGGAAGGGGAAUUGCCGAGGCAGAUUCUGAAACCAGAAAAGCGUUAGCAUCACAACUCAAGCCUGAAGACAUGGAAGAGCCCGUGGUGGGUGGUCUGUCACCAUCCCAUGAAGAUGGGACUUCUGGAGCCAAGAAGCCAGAAGCCAGGGCUGCUCUAUCACAUGUGGCAGGAAGGCUAUUUACACCCCAAGAUACUCUCUUGGUGGCAGUGGAUGAUCAGAUGUUUAUGGAGCCUUCUCAGAGCCAGCCAGGAAGGGAAGCUUCUGGCUUUGAUGUGAGAAGUGUCCAAUAUAAAAUGAAGUCCACUCAAGAGACCCUCAAAGAAAAGCCUCCCAGAAGUGUUCUGCAGGCCUUAACAGCGAGGAUCUCCAGGAGCGUGAGUGCCUUGGUAGAGGGAGCCCUUUGUGCCAGGAAACCACCUCCCAGAAGCCUUUCAUGGUCCUUCGGGAAGUCAAAAGCUACAGUCAUCAUCUCAGAUCCCAAGAGCACUUCAGAGGAGGACAGUGAUUCUGAGCAACAGCUGGCUCCUGGACAUUCUUCCCAGUCCCUGAGCAAGUCCAAAGAUGGCCAAGAAGUCUUCACAAAAUCGGGUUCCCUGGGACAGAUGAGUGGUUCCAAUGAGCCGCUGACUCCCACAUGUGCUUCCUGGGCUGUGGGGGAGCCUGAAGACCAAGUCUCCAUGGGAUCAAAUAGUUAUGUGGAGAAGUACAACAGUGCCAAUAACACCAAGGAAGAGGUGUCUCCUGGACCCCCUGUCCAGGUCAUGGGACCCCCUAACCAGGCCGUGGGAUCCUCUGCCCAGGCUGUGGCAAAUCCUAAAUACCCCAGAGAAAUCUCCCUGGUUUCAAAGACCAUACCUGAAGUACAGGGUGCUUCUGUGUGGCAGGUGCCUCCCAGGGACACUUUCCAGUCCUGGGUGAGCCCUAAAUUCGAGCAAUCUGCCUCCACAGGCCCAGAGAGCGUGGCCAUGGAGUGGGGCAUUUCCAUGGAGCCACUGCCUCCCAGAGUGUCUUCUAAGCGCCUGAUGAGGCCAAAAGUUGAGCCACCAGUCUCCUUGGAUCCAGGAGAGAUGACAUUUAAAAGGAUGACUUCUGCGGGGGUGCUGCCUCCGAGACAUCCUUCUCAGCCUUCAGUGAAACCAGCAGCUCAGCAAGAAAGCUCUGCAUGUCGAGAGAGCCCCGAUGUUGAGAAGACCACACCUGCGCACUUGCUAACUUUCCCAUGUCCUCCCCAGGCCACGGUGAGGCCAUCAGUUGAGUACCAAGACUCCAUGGGUGCAGAAAGCACUGUGGUUGAGAAGAGCAUUUCUACGAAGCCACUGCUUCCCAAGCCUCUUUCUCAGCCCCCGAUGAGAGCUCUGGACCAGCAACAAGUCUCUGUGACUUAUUCUGAAGCUGAACAGAGUGUAUUUGCAGGUUUGGAGGGUUCUGUUGCUCAGAAGAUCAUUCUGGUGGAGAAAUUGCUCCCCAAAUAUUCCCCCCAGCCCUUGACAAAGCCUCGAGCCCAGAAAACCUUGGAGAACAUUACUGUUGAGGAGGGCAGCUUUGUGGAGGUGCCGCCUCUCCAGCUCUUGGUGAAGUCUAAAUUCCAGCCACGGGGCAUUCCGCUGGAGUCCAUGAGUGCUCCCACAGAAUGGAGCGGUCUGGGGGUGCCUGUGCCUCCCAGACCCACCAUCCAGCAGUCCUGGGAGAUCCCCAUGUUUGAGGAACCAGCCUCUGAAGGUCCAGAGAGUGCUGCCAUUGAGUGGGGCAUUAUCAUCAAGCCGCUGCCUCCCGGAGGGACUUCUCAGGCCCCGAUGAGAGCAGGAGUCAAACAAGCAAUCACUGAAGGUCCAGAGAGUGUCAACACUGAAGGGGAUGCAUCUACCGAGCUGCUGCCUGACAAACAUCCCUACUCCAUCGUGAGACAGAAAGUCCAGCAAAUAUCAUUGAGUUUUGAGAGUGCUGCUGCCAAAGUGGGCAUUUCUGGAAGGCCACUGCCUCCCAUAUAUCCCAGCCGAGUGCUUAAAAAGUCUAAAGUUCUGGAGAUGUCCUUACGUCUAGAGAGCAUGGCUGAUAAAGAAGUCAUACCUAAGAAAUCGGUGAUUGUCAAGCGUCCUUCUCAGUCAUUCGUGAAGUAUAUGGCACAGCAUGUCUUUUCAGAGAGGCCUGCUACAGAGGAGGGAGCUUGCAUGGAUCCUUCAUCUUCAAAUCCACCUUCCAAAUCAUUGAAGCCUAAAGUGGAGCAGCAAGUUUCCUCAGGCUGGGAGAGUAUAGAUGUUGAGGGAGCCAUUUCUUUGAAGGAAGUGCCCAUGAAAAGCCUUUUGCCAAGCUCAGGGAAACCCAAAGACCUGCAAGAAGUCCUCUCCCAUUCAGAGAGUGCCCCUGCGAAGCUGAGCAGUUUGAAAGAGCAGCUCCCUCCCAGACAUCUUGCCCACACACUGGGGAAGCCUGAGUACCAGCAAGAAACCUCCUCAGCUUCUGAGAGCUCUCCUGAAGAAUGGAAGAGUUCUGAAGAGUGGCUGCCUGGCAAACACCCCAGCCAAGUCAAAGAUGGAGCUGAGUUUCAACCACUGAUGCUGUCAAAAGGCCCAGUGAGUGCACCUGUGAAGCAGAGCGAUUCUGAGCAGCACCUGCCUCCCAAACAAAUUUUUCAGGCUCCUGCAGACCCUGAACACCAGCAACAGGUUUAUCCAAGUCCCGUGAGUGCUGCCGCUGAGGAAACCACUUUGGAGAGUGAUUCUAGCUGCUGGUCUCUACCCAGAGACCUGGCUUCUCCAAACCAAAUCAAGAAACCCAGCCAAAGCUCUGAAGACCUCACUAAGAAUGUCACAACUGCCCCUACCAAGCCCAUGCUGGCCGCUGCUCCUGCCUUGCAGUCGCCCACUUCUGGAAGCAGUUCCUCUCAGGAGGAAGUUCCUGAGAGCGAUGAUCAAAAUAACAGCCGUUCAGAUUCAUCCAACAGCGGGGCUGAUGUUGAAAAGCUUUUUGGAGUCCGACUGAGAAGAACCUCUUCCUCACAGAAGUAUAAGGGUGGGAAACAAGGUUUUACCAAGCUUUCUUCACCCUCCUUGGGCUCAAUUUCAUCCUCUGUAGGUACACCCCAGCCAAUCAGAAGGGCUUCCAAGGGGACCCUGGGCACCAGGCAAAACCUCACCACAGUAUAUGACUUGGCAGAGAAGCAACAGAGGAGGCCCAAAUCUGAAAGCAUGGCCAAGAAGCAACCUGCUUACAGGAUCCCAGGGAAAGCUCCUGGUCGACGGUCAGAGUAUGCCACCUCAGAGCCAGCUUGGAUAACCACGAUAAAGCAGGAGCAGGGGAGCUUCCAGGCCAACAUUCCUCCCAAAGAGCCAAGACUCAAGAGUAGAGCUGCAGCCAAGGCUGAGAAGAAAGAACCCAGACAUGGAGGAACUGGCCUUGUAAGUGAAAGCCAACCAAGAAUGGUUCUCACUUCUGAUGUCAAGAGACAAGAGAAGGUGGCACCAACAAAACCUCCGAAGUCUACCAAAACAGUUGGAUUUGAAGAUGAGAAGAUACUUCAAGUACCUUUGAUGGAAAAAGAAACCAGGUCUGCUACACUUCCAGCCAUGCUACCACAGCCAGUUGAACCAGCUGAGCCGGUUUGGUUCUCCCUGGCCAAGAAGAAAGCUGAGGCGUGGAGCCAUAUAGCAGAAACAAUGCAAUAA